AACUUCCUGAGAGGAAUGAAUCAGGAGGAGCUUGCUGACUGUCUAAAGAGCAGAACUUGUGCUCCAGUGUGCCGACAUAAUCUGAAGUCUAACCUGAAGAAGAAGUUCCAGUGUGUGUUUGAGGGGAUCUCCAAAGCAGGAAACCCAACCCUUCUGAAUCAGAUCUACACAGAGCUCUACAUCACAGAGGGAGGGACUGCAGAGGUCAAUGAUCAACAUGAGGUCAGACAGAUUGAAACAGCAUCCAGGAAACCAGACAGACCAGAAACAAGAAUCAGUCAAGAAGACAUCUUUAAAACCUCACCUGGAAGAGAUGAACCAAUCAGAACAGUGCUGACAAAGGGAGUGGCUGGCAUUGGGAAAACAGUCUUAACACAGAAGUUCACUCUGGACUGGGCUGAAGACAAAACCAACCAGGACAUAAUGUUUAUAUUCCCAUUCACCUUCAGAGAGCUGAAUGUGCUGAAAGAGAGAAAGUUCAGCUUGGUGGAACUUGUUCAUCACUUCUAUUCUGAAACCAAAGAAGCAGGAAUCUGCAGGUUUGAAGAGUUCCACGUUGUGUUGAUCUUUGACGGUCUGGAUGAGUGUCGACUUCCUCUGGACUUCCACAACACUGAGAUCCUGACUGAUGUCACAGAGUCCACCUCAGUGGAUGUGCUGCUGACAAACCUCAUCAGGGGGAAACUGCUUCCCUCUGCUCGCCUCUGGAUAACCACACGACCUGCAGCAGCCAAUCAGAUCCCUGCUGACUGUGUUGACAUGGUGACAGAGGUCAGAGGGUUCACUGACCCACAGAAGGAGGAGUACUUCAGGAAGAGAUUCAGAGAUGAGGAGCAGGCCGGCAGAAUCAUCUCCCACAUCAAGACAUCACGAAGCCUCCACAUCAUGUGCCACAUCCCAGUCUUCUGCUGGAUCUCUGCUACAGUUCUGGAUCUGUUGAAAACCAGAGAGGGAGGAGAGCUGCCCAAGACCCUGACUGAGAUGUACAUCCACUUCCUGGUGGUUCAGUCCAAAGUGAAGAACAUCAAGUAUGAUGGAGGAGCUGAGACAGAUCCACAGUGGAGUCCAGAGAGCAGGAAGAUGAUUGAGUCUCUGGGAAAACUGGCUUUUGAUCAGCUGCAGAAAGGAAUCCUGAUCUUCUAUGACUCAGACCUGACAGAGUGUGGCAUCGAUAUCAGAGCAGCCUCAGUAUACUCAGGAGUGUUCACACAGGUCUUUAGAGAGGAGAGAGGACUGUACCAGGACAGGGUGUUCUGCUUCGUCCAUCUGAGUGUUCAGGAGUUUCUGGCUGCUCUUCAUGUCCAUCUGACCUUCAUCAAGUCUGGAGUCAAUCUGAUGACAGAAGAACAAUCAACCUCCCUGUGGUCUGAAUUGUUCGGGGGCAAAUUAACCCGACUCUACCAGAGUGCUGUGGACAAGGCCUUACAGAGUUCAAACGGACACCUGGACUUGUUCCUCCGCUUCCUCCUGGGUCUUUCUCUGGAGACCAAUCAGACUCUCCUCAGAGGCCUGCUGACACAGACAGGAAGUAACUCACAGACCAACAAGAAAACAUCCCAGUACAUCAAGAAGAAGAUCAGUGAGGAUCUGUCUCCUGAAAGAAGCAUCAACCUGUUCCACUGUCUGAAUGAACUGAAUGAUCGUUCUCUAGUGGAGGAGAUCCAACAGUCCCUGAGAUCAGGAAGUCCCUCCACAGAUAAACUGUCUCCUGCUCAGUGGUCAGCUCUGGUCUUCAUCUUACUGUCAUCAGAAACAGAUUUGGACGUGUUUGACCUGAAGAAAUACUCUGCUUCAGAGGAGGCUCUUCUGAGGCUGCUGCCAGUGGUCAAAGCCUCCAACAAAGCUCUGCUGAGUGGCUGUAACCUCUCAGAGAGAAGCUGUGAAGCUCUGUCCUCAGUCCUCAGCUCCCAGUCCUCUAGUCUGAGAGACCUAGACCUGAGUAACAACGAUCUGCAGGAUUCAGGAGUGAAGCAUUUUUCUGCUGGACUGAAGAGUCCACACUGCAGACUGGAAACUCUCAAUGUGUCAGGCUGUAACCUGACAGAGAGAAGCUGUGAAGCUCUGUCCUCAGUCCUCAGCUUCCAGCCCUCUAGUCUGAGAGACCUGGACCUGAGUAAUAACGACCUGCAGGAUUCAGGAGUGAAGCGUUUUUCUGCUGGACUGAAGAGUCCACACUGCAGACUGGAAACUCUCAGUCUGUCAUACUGUAUGAUCUCAGAGGAAGGCUGUAUUUCUCUAGCCUCAGCUCUAAGCUCCAACCCCUCCCAUCUGAGAGAGCUGGACCUGAGCUACAAUCAUCCAGGAGACUCAGGAGAGAAGCUUUUGUCUGCUGGACUGAAGGAUCCACACUGGAGACUGGACACUCUCAGGGUGGACCAUGGUGGACUGCAGUGGUUGAGACCUGGUCUGAGGAAGUAUGUCUGUGAACUGGAACUGGACACAAACACAGUAAACAGAAACCUCAAACUGUCUGACAACAACAGGAAGGUGACAUGUGUGGAGGAGGAUCAGUCAUAUCCUGAUCAUCCAGACAGGUUUGACUGUCCUCAGCUACUGUGUAGAACUGGUCUGACUGGUCGCUGUUACUGGGAGGUCGAGUGGAGUGGAGACGUUUAUAUAUCAGUGAGUUACAGAGGAAUCAGGAGGAGAGGAGAUGGUGAAGACUGUUGGUUUGGAGGGAAUGAUCAGUCCUGGAGUCUGAGCUGCUGUGAUGUUGGUUACUCUGUCUGGCACAAUAACAGAAGAACAGACCUCUCCUCCUCCUCCUCCUCCUCCUCCUCCUCCUCCUCCUCCUCCUCCUCCUCCUCCUCUGGUAGAGUAGCAGUGUAUGAGGACUGUCCUGCUGGCUCUCUGUCCUUCUACAGAGUCUCCUCUGAUUCUCUGAUCCACCUCCACACCUUCAACACCACAUUCACUCAACCUCUUUAUCCUGGGUUUGGGUUUAGGUUCUUUGGUUCCUCAGUGUCUCUGUGUCCUCUGCAGGUCUGAGAGUCUCUCCUGUGGACAGAAACUCUGCUGACUGAAAUCAAAGUUCAGUCUGUUCACCAUCACUCACACUCUGCACUGUGAAGCAGAUCUGUCUCAGACUCAAACACAAAACAUUCAUUUGUCUGAUUUCAUCUCUUUGAUGAUCAACAUGUUUCACUAGAAACACUUCCUGAUGUGUAACAUCUGCCUCCUCCCUGGUGCUGUGAUUCAAAGUGACUCUGUGGGACACACUGUAUAAACAAUGUAAAGUGUAUCUGUGUCCAUGUACACAUGCUGUAAUAAACUUGUAUUAAAUUGUAUGUGUUUUUAGGGACGGUGCAGGAAGCUUUGUGAAGCUUUGAGGCUUCAGACUCAGCAGCAGCACAGUGACAUCUGCUGGUUUAUAAACCUCACAGCAGCUCUUC